UGUUUCCACAAAAUUGGUGGGUCAACAUUCCUGAACGCACAGUUCGAAAGAUGGCCACGUCGGGCGUUGAAACUCUUUCACCUACCAAACAGUUUUUAUUAACUUACUUAAUGCCAGAGAAAUGCUAUGACAGGUUUUUUGUCGACAUAAACUUUAUGCACGUUCCGUGUCUGAAGAUCGUAUUGAGCAAGUUUGCAGGAGUAUGGAUUCUGCUUGGCGUCGUGCUAGCACAGAUACCGCAGGUGUGGACAGUGUGGAAGGCCGGGAAUGCGGAGGGCCUCAGCCUCACCUCGCUUCUUCUCCAGCUGUAUGUUUUAACGGAGCCUGUGGUUUACUGCAUGGCUAACAACUUCCCCGUCAGCGCCUGGAGUGAGAGAGUGUUCACCCUUCUCCAGACCCUUUCUCUGGUCUUCCUGCUCCUGCGCUACCGUGGGGACACGGCCAAAGGCCUGUUGGUGGUGGUGGCCUACUGUGGGGCGGUGCUCCUGCUGGCAUCCUCACUGACCCCUCCAUCCAUCCUCUCUGGGAUGCAGUCCUCCGUCAUAGGAGCUGUGGUUGCAAGCAAGGCAGUUCAGGUGUGGACUAACUACUGCAGUGGGACCACAGGUCAGCUGUCUGGUCUGGCUGUGUGUCUGGGGUUCACUGGCUCCCUCUCUCUCAUUUUCACCUCCCUGCAGGAGACAGGCCAGUCUCUCUCUACUCUGAGUCAUGCUCUGGCUUCCUGCCUCUGCUGCCUCCUGCUGGCUCAGAUCUGGUAUUACAGGUACCGGACCUUCAGUGUGAAGGAGAAGGAGGAGUAGACCUCAGCCAACACCAGCACUCAGAUGAGAAAUGAAACCUGGUACUUUAAGUCAUUCUUUUGUAUGCAUGUGUUGUUAUAUGUUGUCAGUGCGGUCGUUAUUAUUGGAGGUCAAGUUAUGACAGAUACCAUACAUGUAGCCCAGGCAAAUGUAGAGCCUUAUCCACCCAUACACACCCCUACCAUAUAUCUCUUCAUCUCUGUCUGUGUGGAAGGCAAUCUGGGGAACCUGAAUAACUCAUCUAAAGACAAGUUUUACUGUUUGUGACUUGAGUCAAUCUCCCAAUUUGAAGGGAUGUUUUCUGUGAGGAAUGUUCUUUUGUAUUGUCUGAAGUCUUCAGAACUCAAGAUUUAACUGUAUAAAACAACAUAGCCAAAUAAACUGAGCCAGUUUACAAACGGAAUUGGUCAACAAGAGUCUGAAUGAGACCCAAAUGUGUCUUUCAGAGUUGUGUGUGUGCGUGUAGUUGUCUUCUUGACCUAGAUUUUGUAGGGCCUGUGUUGUAUGAGGAGACAAAGAGCUGUAAAAGGGGGCAGGCAGUCCACACAUACACAUCAUUCGCUCAGGAGCAGAGUAAUGCUGCUGUGUAGAGUGUGUUGUGUGUUAAAAAGUUUGUGUUGUGCAUGUUGUUGACUUCUAUAAUGUAGGGUUGGAACUGUAUCGACAAGUCAUGCCAAGUUACACACACACACACACACCAUUCACUCAUCUAAGGUCUGGAUAACUUGGACUAAAGCUAUGGCUCCAAUCCAAGAUCCCACUAUCUACAUGGGAUAAGCUUUAGUUGGCAGCAGUAGUAGUAGAGAUUGUUCCAGACAAAACACAUCCCUCUAUCUCCUCAUCACACCUCCCCAGUGCCACACACGCAGUCAAACGGCUUCCAUCUUGUCAACCGUGACAGAAAACUGCCCCAGUCAUGGGUGACUGUUUACAGCUGGGAUCAAAUAUGCUGCCCAUCCAGCCCCCUCUUGUCACAUGGCAGUGAGGCGUAGCUUCCAGUCUGGGCUGCCCGCCUUCUCGCAUCAAACUGCCACAACAGACCUCAUGUUGUCCCCACCAUGUCAGUAGAAGUUGUAGGACUUGCUUGGCUGUUAAUUUAAUUUCCUCUCCGACACUAUGUAGAAAACCUGUCAAUAACCUAAAAAAAUGUGUAAUGCAUAAACUUCUUUAUUUUUAAAAUACCCUUUUACUAUAUAACAAUUUCUUUCUAGUGUUGCUGACUUUUUAUUUACAAAUGUAUUUUUUUAUUGUC